AUGGUUCUGGUGGCCAUACUUACCGCUUGCGUUAGCCUGGUUAGGAAUAUUAUACAGGCUUUUUUUUAUUUCAUUAUUCCAAGACCUGCAAUUACCGAUCCCCAAGCAAAUCGAUUAAGGGAUUCGCGAUUAACAGCUCAAUUUAUACAAAAAUUUGAAGAAAAUUAUGGUAAUACGCAUCCUGACUUUUUUCAAGGUUCUUAUUCUCAGGCCUUGGAUAGAGCAAAAAAUGAUCUUCGUUUUACUAUGAUAAUACUGCAAGCUGACGAACAUGAUAAUACAAAAAAAUUUAAUCGUGAUACAUUAACUUCCGAGUUAUUGAUAUCAUUUCUUCGAGAAAAUGAUGUUUUAGUAUGGGCCGGAAAUAUAAAAGAUCCGGAAGCAUUUCAAGUAAAUAACGUAUUACAAGCUACUACAUAUCCAUUUGUGGCUGUGAUCGUUCUUGCAACGCCUCAUGGAAAUACCGGUGCGAGUCCAAGAAUGACCGUGGUUGAUCGUAUUGAAGGAUCGUUGAGUCCUGAAUUACUUAUAGCGCGAUUUAGAAUUGCGAUAAAUCGUUAUGGUCCUGGUCUACAACGGUUUCGUAGUGAACGUGCUGAUCGUGAUGCUGCUCGUCAAAUUCGCGAACAACAAGACAGCGCUUACCUUGCAUCAUUGCAAGCUGAUCAGGAAAAAGAACGUAAAGCACGUGAAUUAGCUGAAGCAAAAAGGUUGGCUAGUGAACGAGCAAAAAAAGAAGCAGAAGAACGGUUGUUAUUUUUAGCUAACAAAGAAAAUUGGAGAAGGUGGGCUUUAACUCAAUUACCGAAUGAACCUCAUCAAAAUGAAACGGACGUCACAAAGUUAAGCUUUCGACUACUAAAUGGUGAGAGAGUAGUAAGAAGGUUUAGGGCUGAUGAUACUGUUGAGAUGGUUUACAUUUUCGUCGAUACAUAUCAUAUACGAAAUGAAACAUCGUCUUCUUCAACUAUCCUGCCACCAAAAGAUUAUGUUCAUACCUUUGAUUUCUUGCUCGUUUCUCCAUUUCCACGAACUGUACAUCAUGCGGAUAAAUUCAAGACUAUUAAAAAUGAAAGUGGACUUUGGCCAUCUGCUAAUCUUAUUGUUGAAGGUCUAUCAACUGAAGACGAUGAGUGA